AUGGGUCAAGCCAAGGCUGCCGGGGUGGACAAGAAGACGGUGUCAGAGGCUACGAGGGUCCUGCGGCGGCUGCUGGCCAUGGACCUGCUCGAGGAGGUCAGGCGGAGCCGCAGCGCGGAGCAGAUGCGCCACGCCCUCUCGAGGGCGAAGGCGGCGGGGCUGACCAGCAAGCAGGUGGAGGAGUUCACCGAGUUCCUGAAGCAGCUGGACGCGGAAGUGCUGCUGAUCGCGGCCACGGAGAGAGCCGAGAGCGGGGCCAUCAAAGUCGCCAUCCAGGUGGCCCGCAGCCACGGCCUGGAGGGCCAGGCCCUGGCGACUGCGGAGCAGAAGCUCGCGGAGCUGGAGGCGACCCGUGGCUUCCAGGCGGCGAUGAGGAGCGGGCAGGCGCCCAGGAUCCAGGAGGCCCUCCAGAGGGUGCCAUGCAGUGGCUCGGAGGUCGUGGCUGAGGCCAGACAACUGCUGGCCAGCCUCGAGGGCGACGGCCGCGGAGAAGGCGGCGGCUCGCGGGGCCUGCCUCGGAGCCCGACGGGGCUGGCUCGGAGCCCGACCGGGAGCCAGGCGGGGAGAGCCCGGAGCCCGACUCGGCACCCGACCUUCGGGCUCGACGAGGCGGGCGACCCGGAGGAGGCCAUGGACGAGACCGAGCAGCGGCUGUGGCGGGCGAUAUCCUUCAGGGAGACGGGCGCCCUGAAGCUCACCAUCACCGCGGCCAAGGCCCACGGCUCGAGGUACGCCUCGGCGAUCGCCCAGGCCGAGAGGGUGCUGGCGGAGAUGGAGGCGCUGUGGCAGCUCAACGCCGCGGCGAAGAGGGGCGACGUGGGCAGGCUGCGGGAGGCCGUGGAGCGCGCCGCCGCCGCCGGCGUCGAGGAGCAGGCGGUGAGCCCAGCGAGGCUGCUGGUGGAGCAGGUCGACGCCCGCACGGCGCUGAGCGACGCGGUCCGGGUCAGAGAGCCCGCCGCGCUGGAGGCCGCCCUGGCCGCGGCCAUGAGCUGCGGCGUGGAACGGGCGCGCAUCGCCCGGGGCGAGGAGGCGCUGGCGCAGCUGAGGAGCCCCCCGAAGGGGGGCAGCUCGAGCAGGCUCAACCGGACGGAGACGGGGCUCAAUCGCACGACGGACACGCAGCUCAUCCGGUCGGCCGCGGUGGCAGGCUCCCGGCGCUGA